CUGUCACAGCUGCAGCCAGGGGAGGAUGUGUGUUUGAGGGUGUGCCUCGCGACUCUCUCCCAUCACAAGCUGGUGUAACGUGGUCGCUGGGUUGAGUUCCUUGUUUUGCACAUUUGGACGAAUGGCUCCUUUGCAGUAGAGCCAUAUAAACAUGGUGGACAUGUACUCCAGGGUUUGGUCGAGUCACCAGGCCAAGCAGGGCCUGACCCUGCCGGUGGGUCCUCAGGUGGAGAAUGAAAGCCUCCGCUCAGCCGUCUACGUCAACGUAGCACAGCUUCGCCAGAGCAUCUCUGAGUCCCCACCCUCGGCUCCCUCGUCCUACUCCCCUUCCUACCUUGACCCGGAGGGGUGGGAGGUGCACGUUGACCAGGAGAGUGGACAGGAGUACUACUACCACCCGUCCACGGGGCAAACCACCUGGGACAAUCCCUUUCUAGACUCGCCCACGGACCCCGAGCGUCUCCCUGCCCAGGACCCUUGCUACCCCUCGCCUCCUCAGUCCCCGGCCCUCUCUCCGUCCACCUCCUCCCCCCCCGCGUGGACCUCAGAGUGGGAGCAGUUGGUGGAUGAGACCAGUGGUCGCCCCUACUUCUACAACGCCAUGUCCGGGGAGACGUCCUGGGAGCCUCCGGAGCUGCUGAGCCCGUACCCGCCGCUGAUGGAGCCCAUGAGCGUGCACAGGUUCCACGAGGAGGGGCCGCCUCCUCUGCCUGCGGAGGACUACCCCCCCGAGGAUUACCCAUCAGCUGCUGAACAAACAGAGCCGUACGAGGAGCUCCUGGCCACGGGACCUCCCACCCUCCCUAAAGAGUACACCCUCAGCCACGUGAGCCGGACCAUCAUCCCCAGGGCCACCCUGGACCGCAGCACCCCGAGUGGCUGGAGCCUCAACGUGGAACCCAACGGGACCUGGGUGUUCACCAGUGACCUGUCUCCUGAUCAGUGGAUCAAGUCUGUGGACGAGCGAGGGCAGACCUACUACUACCUGAGAGACGGCUCCAGGUCUCAGUGGAACCUGCCUGAGGCCCCUGUAGCUCCGGGUCACUCUCGGCUGGAGAACGGCGUCGAGCAGGAAAACGUGUCGAUCAUUAAAAACUGGAGACACACCAUGGGACCUGCUCAGCUCAGCUCAGCUCAGGAUGAAGUGAGAUUCGUGCCGACUCACAGGAGGAACACGUCCGACUACAGCAGCGACAGCUCCAGCACAGGGAACUCUCCAGAGACGCAGCAUAACGUGCAGAACUUAGAAAAAGCCGGAAUUCUCAACAAAACAAAAGUGUCUGAGAACGGCAAGAAAGUCAGGAAAAACUGGGGCCAGACAUGGACGGUUCUCCACGGAGGAGUGCUGACGUUCCACAAAGACCCAAAGUCUGCAGUGACAGGGGCCUCGAGCAAGACCAAUCAGAUUGUCCCGGAGGUCACGGUGGACCUGCGAGGAGCCACGAUUGGCUGGGCCUCCAAGGACAAGUCCAGCAAAAAGAAUGUUUUAGAGUUAAAAGGUAAGAACGGAGUGGAGUUCCUGAUACAGUACGACACAGAAAGCAUCAUCAGCGACUGGCACAAAGUCUUAAUGGACACCAUUCGACAACUGGAGUACCAGGACCAUCACUCAGAGGAGGAGGACGAUAAUUUAUACGACAAGAUCACGGAGCGAGAAGACAAGCCGAGCAACGUUGCCUUGGACAAGCGAAGACCCUCGAAGCCGAGUGUCACGCACUCAUCCAGCUCUGCAGGAGAGUCCGACCAGAAGAGGGUUCGAACCAAGCUGAUGAAGUUCCUCUUGAAACGUCCCACGCUGCAAUCUGUCAAGGAGAAGGGAUACAUCCGAGACAAUGUGUUUGGUUGCCACCUAUCCACACUCUGUGCACAGGAGAGAACCACAGUUCCCGGUUUUGUGGAGAGAUGUAUCAAAGCAGUGGAGAAGAGAGGUUUAGAAAUUGACGGACUCUACAGAGUGAGCGGGAACCUUGCUGUCAUCCAGAAACUGCGCUUCAAGGCGGAUCACGAGGAGCUGGACCUGGAGGACGGACAGUGGGAGGACGUCCACGUCAUCACCGGAGCGCUCAAGCUGUUUUUCCGAGAGCUUCCCGAGCCGCUUUUCCCCUUCAGCCACUUUGAAAACUUCAUCACCGCCAUCAGAAUUCCUGAUCAUAACGCAAAAGUGUCUUGCAUGCGUGAUCUGGUCAAAACCCUUCCCCUUCCAAACCACGACACCAUGGAGAUGCUUUUUGGUCAUUUACGCAGGGUCAUUCAGUGCUGGGAGGAGAAUCGCAUGAGUGUGCAGAACGUCGCCAUCGUGUUCGGUCCAACGCUGCUCCGGCCAGAGAUGGAGGCGUCCAACAUCGCGAUACACAUGGUGUUUCAGAACCAGAUCGUGGAGUUUGUUCUGAACGAAUACGAGCGUAUCUUCCACUCCAGCUAAAGCAGUCACACGCCUCUGGUGCAGUACGGGGGCGAAUGUCUAAAUGUGCUCACGUGGUUUGAAGUGCACGUAAACAGCUUCGGUGCAAAACUCAUCUUUUAACAUAAGUGAAAGGGCUCCUGAAGCUUUCUCUGUUCAGAAUAUGAAGAUAACACCGUAAAAACUAGUAAAGGGACUUUCAAAUAGUCUUUGCUGAGAAUAUAUGAAGCAUGUGUAACCAGAUUUACUCCAUAGGAGGCUCACACAGUUAGAACUACGUUUGGCAGUAUUGGAGGAAAUUGACCUGCACAGGUGUCGGUGUGGAUCAGUUUCCCAUCUCAGAUUAUUGAGCCUGUCUGUUGGGUGGGAGAAGGACCGUGUCACAUCUGUGAGAGUGAAACAAAUCACAUUCUGGAGAAUUUAAUCGUUUAUUUUAUUUUUUUGUUAGUUUGUUUUAUUUUUCUAAUUCACAGCUGAAUUAGGAACCAAGUCACAGCUGGACAGAUGCAUCAAUUCUCUCUGUAAGAAACUGUCACUGAUUGCUUCCAUCUUUAUUCUAGUAUAAUGACUUUUAAAUAUUGUUUUGGAUUUGAUAUUAAAGUAUAUCACAUAUUGCAAUAACUGAGAUUAUAAUCCAAUACUGCAUUUUUUUUCUUUUUUGUUUUGACCCAUGAAUAUGUUUUAUUGUAAUAUAGAAAUGUAUAAAAAAUAAAUAUUAAUAAUGUGAACUAGAUGGUGACAUAGAAUACUUCCACUGAACUGUAAAAUAAGUUUUUUGGAUCAUGCUGUUCUUGAAGAAACUGUACAAUAACAUAGAAAUAUAAAUAAGUAAGACAUAUUUUUGACAGUCGGUGGUCAAAUCUGACCAUGAACAAGUUCACUGGAUAUUAGCAGAGAUUUAUGUCUUGUAAAUAGAACUAGAAAUAAUGUUUAUGCUGAGAGGUGUUGGAAAUGCACAAGCUAUUGAAUAAUAA